GUGGGGCUCUGUAACUCUUACUUAACGCCACGGCGCCGGUGGCCAUGUUUCUUCUCUUCUUAACCUUACGUUUCUCUCUCUGUGUCUUUCUCUCUCUACAAAUUCCUCUUUUUGUGUUUAAAUUCCCUUGCUCUAUAGAGCUUUGAACAACUCCGAUUUUCGCAUUAAUUUAUUUACUUUUCAGAUGGACCUUGGAGCCGGUGACAGCUACACCACAGCCAAUUCCGGCGAUAAUAUUCUUAAAACGGCUUCGUCUUCCAGCGUUUACGAAAUCCUUCUUCUCAUUCAAUCCGAUGACCUCACUUUGAAAGUUCAGGCAGCUAGGGAAAUUCGGCGCCUCACCAAGACCUCCAAACGUUACCGCCGUUAUUUCUCUAACGCCGUGAAAUCACUAGUUCAUAUGCUCCAUUCUAACUCAUUUGAGUCUAAGGAAGCUGCUUUGCUUGCCCUCCUCAAUCUCGCUGUUAAGGAUGAAAGAAACAAGAUAAGUAUCAUCAAUGCUGGUGCAUUAGAAUCCAUCAUAUGCUUUCUUCAAUCAGAGAAUUCAACUCUACAGGAUCAUGCAACGGCCUCAUUGCUUACAUUAUCUGCUUCUUCUGUGACAAAGCCCAUCAUUAGUGCUUCUUGUGUCAUUCCUCGACUUAUAGAUGUCCUAAGACAAGGAAGCUCACAAGCCAAGGUUGAUGCAGUGAUGGCUCUUUACAACCUGGCAACUUAUCAAGGCAACUUAAACUUGAUCCUUCAAACAGAGCCCAUACAUUUCAUUGUUGAUUUGCUUAAAUCCUGUAAAAAGUCCUCAAAAGCUGCUGAGAAAUGUACUGCUCUUAUAGAAUCUUUAGUGUGUUAUGAGGAGGGAAGGACUGCAGUGACAUCUGAAGAAGGAGGAGUACUUGCAGUAGUAGAAGUGCUUGAAAGUGGAUCUCUUCAAAGCCGAGAACAUGCUGUAGGUGCUCUACUAACAAUGUGUCAGAGUGACCGCUGCAAAUACCGGGAAACAAUAUUGAAAGAAGGCGUAAUUCCUGGACUUCUUGAGCUGACUGUUCAAGGAACAUCUAAGUCUCAAACAAAAGCGCAAACACUUCUAAGGUUGCUCAGAGACACUCCUUGUCCUAAUUCUGAACUUGAACCUGACACAUUGGAGAACAUUGUUUCCAAUAUCAUCUGUCAGAUAGAUGGAGAGGAACAAUUAGGAAAAACAAAGGAGAUGCUUGCUGAGAUGGUACAAAUUAGUAUGGAGCAAAGUUUGAGACAUUUACAGCAAAGAGCACUGGUAUGCACUCCAGCUGAUUUGUCUAUUUCAAGUUUCAAAGAGAGUUAGAAAAGCCAAUUCAGUUGUUUCCUUGCAGCCAGUGUUAUUCGAUCACAGGAUCCCAUGACGUUGCAAAAAUGACUAGAAUUUGUUUUUCCAGUUAGCCAGGGUGCAUAUGGUGGUUGUCGUUACUUUUGUCCGCCUUGCACCUAUAUUGAAUAAUGCCUGAGUCUCAUGACUCAAUUCGUUCUCUUCCACUCAGUGCUCAGGGAUAGAAAGUGGGUUGUCAGAAAAUGUGAUGAAAUGGUGAGGUUCAAAGGAGAAAAGACUUAAGGUGGAUACCUAGGCAACCAAGAGGAGGAAGGCAUAAUAAUCACAAACUGCUUCAGGGAGUUGCAAAUCAGCGUCUUCAAAUAUAUUCAUGAUAUGUUGGUCUCAGCAUCGAUCAUUUUGUUUCUCUUUUCCGAUAUCAUCCUUUAAUUUCUUCCUUCCCUGCAACUAUGUGCUGGUGUCCUCUUGAUACUUGGAAAUAUCAGAUGAUAUGAAAGAAUGCCAGUCCGGGUCCUUCUGAAUAGGCGCCAGGUGACUGGUUAUAUUGUUUAAUAAUUUUGGAAACCUUAUUAAGAUCUUAGAGAUACUGUUUUCGAGUUUAAUUUCUGUUAACAUAGAUUGUGUAUUGAAGGUUAUACAACUGUUAAAAGUUCCAA